AUGACUGAGCCAGCGCCGGCUGAUGUGACAGGUGCAGAGGGUGCAGAGGUGUAUGACCCGUCGGUGCCCGCCGGCAGCGCAGAGACGUAUGACCCAUCCAUGCCAGUGGACGCAGAUGAGGCGGCCGAGACGUACGAUCCGUCGAUGCCAGCCGACGCCGAAGCAGAGGAGACGUACGACCCGUCGGUGCCAGCGGGUGAAAAUGUCGAGCACUACGACCCUUCUGUGCCGGCUGGUGGAGGCUACGACCCUUCGGUACCGGCUGGCGGAGACUAUGACCCUUCCCGGCCCGCUGAGGGGGAAUAUGACGCUGAGGGGGAAGGAGACUACGACCCGUCGAGGCCUGCGGAGGGCGGCUACUCGGAUGAGGAGCGUCCGUACGACCCAUCAAGGCCGGCAGAUGGGGAUUACGAUAGACCAGAUGAAGAAGAAGCGAGUUACGACCCAUCCAUGCCUGCUGGAGGGGGAUACGACCCACCUGCACCGGUCGAGAGCGGGGAAGAGAUGGAAGAAGGAUACGGGCCUUCCGGCCAGGUCGAGGGACAAUACGACGCACCACCCCAGAUGGAAUACGACGCGGAAACCGAGGCUGAGGCAACACCCUCUAAUGGUACACCAAUGCCAAUGCCAAUGCCUGACAUCCCUGCCGACACCAACGAUCAGCCCAAAGUGGACCUUCCGGAAGGCCUGACGGGCGACUCACCAAGUGUCGCAAACAACCACGACCUGGUGCGCCAGUGGCGCCAUGAUCCCUCCGAUCAGGCGCUCCUCCUGUGGCUGUUCAACUGGGCGGUCGACAGGUCCGAGGUGGAAGACGCACGCGCAUGGUACGCCGCGCUCGCCGUCGAUAACCCAACGGCUUCCGGUCCCUUGCUCUCGCUCAUCAAUCUCGAGCUUGCGUUGUCUCAUUUCAAGGAGGUGGAGGACCUGUUCUCAAAGGCACUGAACAGCGCCGGCACGCUCAUGGCUGCGGCUGACAUCAACAUCUGGAAGGCUUACCUCCACUACAUCCGGCGGCAGAACCCCGCGGACGGCCCUGAUCCUGAGGCGACACGUUCGACAGUCACACAGGCGUACGAGUACGCACUCAAGGAAUGUGGCGUGGACCGCGAGAGCGGCGAGAUCUGGCAAGAGUACAUCUCAUACCUCGGCGAGAACAAGACCCGUAAUCCCUGGGAGCAGCAGCAGAACGCCGACAACAUGCGGAAGAUCUUCCAGCGCGCCGUGGCAAUCCCGCUCAACAACGUCGAGGCCCUGUGGAAGAACUACGAUGCGUUCGAGAGCGCACAGAACAAGGUCACCGCGAAGAAGUUCCUCGCCGACCGCUCGCCCGCUUAUAUGACCGCACGUACGGCGUUACGUGAGUGCCGGCAGCGGACAGACACCCUGCCGCGCCCAGAGCUGCCGCCAUUCCCCAACUUUAGCGAUGGCGAGCGCCGCGUCGUCGGUGCGUGGCGCAACUACAUCAAGUGGGAGGAAUCCAAUCCGCUGCAGAGCGACGACCCCAGUCUCGUUGUACAGCGUACAGACUACGCAUUACGCAAGUGCAUGGCGCAAAUGCGCCACUUCCCCGAGCUGUGGCACUAUGCCGCGACGUACCACUUGAACGCCGGGAGAGCUGACGAGGGUGUGGCGUUCUUGCGCGCAGGCGUCGCCGCGUGCCCCAAGAGCUUCCUUUUGGCGUUCGCGCUCGUCGAGCUCGAAGAGGACCGUAAGAACUACGCCGACUGCCACAGUAUCUUUGAAGGGCUCAUUUCCGGCGUCAGCACAGAGAUCGAAGAGCUGCAGGACAACGUUGCGGCUGAGGUCGAGCGCGCACGUGGUCCUGAGAUCCCGGUCCAUGCUGGGCUUGACAGCGAGGAGAGCGACGUAGCACGCAUGGUGCGCGAGCGCGACGAGCGCGGCAAGCGCGUUACCGAGCGCCGGGGCCGCGAUAUCGAGGCGGCCAAGACUGCCGCCGGCACAGCGUGGGUUAUGUACAUGCGUUUCGCUCGCCGCUCCGAGGGCCUCAAGUCAGCUCGCCUCGUCUUCGGCAAGGGGCGCAAGUCGCCUCAUAUCACGUGGCAUGUAUUUCAGGCAAGCGCGCUCAUGGAAUACCACAGCAACAAGGACUCUGGCGUCGCGGUGCGUAUCUUUGAACUCGGCAUCCGCCAGUUUGCAGACGAGGUGCCCUUCGUCAUCGGGUACCUAGAGUUCUUGCUGAGCAUCAACGACGACACGAAUGCGCGUGCUCUCUUCGAGCGCUCGGCACUCAAAAUCGCCCCAGCGCUCGCUCGCCCGCUCUGGGAGACCUGGGCACGCUUCGAGUACAUGCACGGCGACUUGGCCGCAGUGCACAAGCUCGAGGCGCGCUGGGCUGAGGCGUUCCCUUCCGACUCACCGCUCAAGCGCUUUGCCCAGCGCCACACUUACGCUGGCGUCGACGAGAUCGCCCUGCGCGACCUCGGCCUGCGUGCCCGCCAGGGUGGAGCCGGGCCCGCUGCUGCGCCACACACGGCCGCACCUCCAGCAGCACCUGCCCCUGGCCCAGCUCUCCGCGGCCGCGCAAUUCCUCCACACAUGGCGCGGCCACCGGUCCCUCCCUUCCCGCCCCGCACCGCGUCCCCCAUCCCCCCAUCCUCGCCGGCCAAGCGCGACCGCUCCCCACCGCGCUCCCCACGCCCAGACAUCAAGCGUGCCCGCCCCGCAUCACCUCCCCGGCGCUUCGCACCUGUGGGAGGCCACUCCCCGGUCCCUCCUCCGCGCGGGCGCGGCCCACAGCCCCCACCUGGCUCGGAACGCGACCGCUCUGGCCUACCCACCGCACUCUCGUGGUUUGUCGGCACGCUGCCUCCAACACGCCAGUUCGAUGGGCCCAUCUUCCGGCCCGACGACAUUAUGGGUCUGUUCAGUAACAUCUCCCCUGCUGGUCUUGGAGUCGGUAUCGGGGUUGGCGCGGGUGCUGCGGCCCCACGUCCCCCGAUGCCGCCUGCUCGACCGCCUGCACGGUUCGCCCCAGGCCGCCGCUUCUAG